AUGCUUAAAGAACUGGUUCAUGCAAUUGUCGGGGCUAGCAGGUCUGGACUGUGCAGCUCAGGCCAGGGGGCUAGGAAUUUCCACGGGAGGGAGCGGCAUAGUCCUGAGUCUAGAGGCAGAAUUCCAGCCUCCUCCUGCCCUGCCCCAGCCUCCAGACCAGAAACACUGCACUCUCACCCCAUCCUCCCCACCUGGACUGAAACUCAGGAGGCCACCAAGGCGCCAGCUUACCACUCUUCUCUCAUGGACCCCGACACCAGACUCAUUGGAAACAUGGCACUGUUGCCUAUGAGAAGUCAGUUCGAGGGACCCGCCCCUGGAGGGGCAAGAGAUACAGAUAUUGUAGAUGAACCCAUCUAUUACUUCAAAGCCAAUGUCUUCUCCAAAAACUAUGAAAUUAAGAAUGAAGCUGAUAGCACCUUGAUAUACAUUACUCUCCACAUUUCUGAGUGUCUAAAGAAAUGCCACAAGUGCAAUUCCAAAAGCCAAGGUGAGAAAGAAAUGUGUACACUGGUAAUCACUAAUUUUGCCAUUCCUGGAGAGCCUAGUUUUCCACUUAAUACAAUUUAUGUCAAACCUGCAAACCAACAGGAAGACGUGAGGAAGGCCUAUUUACAGCAGCUAUGGCAAGAGACUGGACUGAGACUUUGUGAGGAAGUUUUUGACCCUCAGAAUGAUAAACCUAGCAAGUGUUGGACUUGCUUUGCAAAGACACAAUUUAUGAACAAGAGUCUUUCAGGCCCUCGACAGUAA